AUGGAAUGUCAUUGGAUUUUACUAUUAUUGGCAAUUGUUGUCAGUGUAAUUCAAACAGCACCCGUAAAAGAUGAUAGAACUCCGCGUUGUGGUGUACAAGAUGGUGGUCAUGGCAAAUUCGCUUUAGCUCAUGGAAUCAAAUGGCGUAAGCGACGUAUUACCUGGUCAUUUAAAGGACCAGCUCCUCAACAAAUUGGUCAUCAACGAACAAUCCAAAUCAUCAGCGAAGCAUUUCAACGUUGGGCAGAUAUUGUCCCAUUAGAAUUUAGUAACGUUUGUGCUACGUGCAAAGCAGAUAUUCCAGUUUCGUUCAAAUAUAUCGAUGGAAGAAAUAGAGUAUUGGCAUUCGUACAACCGAAUAGUCCAGUACCUUACUUUGAUGAUGGAAACCCUAUUAUGGUAUUUGAUAAAGAUGAAAAUUGGUCUGACGAAUUCCCAAGACAUAACAAUGGUCGAACCAAUUUGUUUAUGGUAGCUGUACAUGAGAUUGGUCACGUGAUUGGAUUACAUCAUGAUGAAGAUCCUAAUGCAAUUAUGUACUUUCAACACAGAGAAGGAAAAUUUCGCAAACAAGAUAUCGUACCACCAAUUGAUAGAUCAGAAAUCCAAAAGAUAUACGGAAGAAAGACUGGUGGUAAAGCAAAUCCAAAACCUACAAUACCAUCACCUGACGAUGAUGAUGAAGAUGAGUCGGGAGAAGUUAUAAGAAUACCACCACCUUCAAAUCACGGCGGUGCCGACAAUGAUGAUGACGAGCAAGGAGAAGUUAUAAGAAUUCCAGGACCAGGAGGAAGACCAACAGGAGGAAAUGGAAACAAUUGUGUUGAAAAGACUAUAAGAUUUCCUGGUGGUUAUAGAACGGAACGACGUUGUAGUAGUUCACAUUCUUCAUCAUUUAGCUAUGGUUCUAACUUUCACAACUGA